AGAGCUGUAGGGCGACCGGUCGGGGCGAAAGUCGGCAUCGGCCACACUGGCGGACCGCCGCGCCACUACGCCACAGUCUCAUCUAAGCCACAGCUAUGCGCACAUCCUCCCCAUAAUAGCCGAAAUUUCACAUUCGAAUUCCCGAAACGCGCGCGACUUCGCGACGCGAAAUUUUAAUUUCGAACUCGCGAAACUUUAAUUUCUUAAAUUUUUCGAACUUUUUUCUUCUAAUUUUAAAACUGUCGUGGAAAAGUUGCAGUUGGCGGCAAACGGUAAAGUUGUGUGUUGGUGUCUUAAAAGUGCGUUUAGACUUUGAGCUUCUUACAUUUUUAUUUGUGUUAUUAUAAAUCGGUGUGCCGAAACAGUAUGUUGGUGUGAAGUGUUAUUUAUUUUGUGCACCAUUUCAUUUGGAUUUUUAUUUGCUCCGGAAUUUUGGAACGAUACGGGAAUGAUGUGUUUGAGCGGCACGUCCUUAUUUCUCGAUUGAACUGAUAAGUUUUUGAUAGAACCGCGUUUUAAAAACCGUGAUACGAACAAAGAUGCUGGGGUGUGCUCUAAGCAGAGUCGCCUCGGUCAUCUGUAGCGUCAGCGCAAUCAGUUUCAGCUCGGCUGAUGACAGCCGGUGCUUAGAUAAGUAGAUUAAAUCAGAUUCGGCCAACCGUCAAAAACUUUGCAACUAGUCAAGACAACAGUUAGUUACCAUAGCUCGCGAGCGAUCUAGGAGCACUGCUAGAGCCACUGCGGUGGUAUGCUUUAUAUUGUCUCUUGGAUCGACUGUGCGCUGACUGGUCGCUACGUCACGUGGCUUCCCGGCGCACGACUUCAGUGCUGGAUGCUACUAACUGUAUACACGUUACCACAGCUUGCCGUCUCUGCAAAGAUAUUGUGCCUCCUGAUGGUGGUGAUCUGCGGUGCGGUGCCAUCGAUGGUCCGGUCGGUCCGCCUCUACAGCCAGUGUUCGCACCUCUACGUCAACGUGUACCCAAACGGCACUGUCAUGGCUCGCUCCGGUGGAAACGAACAGCCGAAUCUCACCAUCAGCACGCGAGGGUUCAGCCUGGAGCUCCUUAUCCACUCCCCAGUUCACGACAUGUACCUGUGUUUCAAUCGAUCCAAAUUAGUCGGCAGGCGAUUGACGCGAUUCCAAGCGGAGAGACAGCCCAACUGCCUCUUCAAAGAAGAGUUUGUCAACGGUUACAACCGAUAUCACCUGAUGAAGAACCAAGAUCGGUACAUAGGCUUCAACAGACGAGGCCUGCAACUGCGGCGCGGGAAGAGCCGGCUCCCAGAGCGAGCACACAAGUGCUUCGACUUCAUGAAGGUGGGCCGUGGUGAUGACUUCAACCUGGACAGGCACAAUACUAUGCUCGCAGGGGAUCUCCCAAAGUGGCGCCCGCAGCGUCGUCUCCGGCCUGCUCCGCAGAACUCCAUCAAGCCCCCGUGCCACGGCGUCCGCCAUCACCACGGCAGGUAUCAGAGGCGACGGAACUGUGACGGAACGUAGGCAUCCCGUCGUCAUUUUAGCAGCUCAUUCACGCUUCAACGCUUCGCGCGUUCCAUUGCCGGUUGUAGAACUUUGUGAGUGGACAGAGUAUUAGUCAACUAUCGCAGUAUUAUAACAGUGACGAGGACUGGUAGGUUAGGUGGGCCGCGGUGGGGCGGCAUCAUAAACGGCGCAUGAAUGGUAGCUAAUGCGGGAGAGCAAACAUUUGAAUGGGGAGAAAAAGUCGAGCCGGUGUUCGGACCUGUGAAAUUCCAUAAGACCGUGUAACAUCGUGGCACCAGUUUGCUCUUGUGCCUGCGGUCGGAUCGUGCUCUAAAAGGAAAAAAGGUUCUGUAGAACAAGCAAACAGUCUCGCCAGUCACGAGUCUUCCGCCAGACCACCGCUGAAUGUGGUGCGCGGACGAAAUGCGGUCGGACGGCGACGUCCGCACGCCACUAGUAGUCCGACGUCAUUAUUUUCUUAACCCUCAUUGCUCCGGCUAGCUCGCCAUAAGUGUUGCAAAAACGCCUUUACGUCAAUUCUCAGUGUGUUAUUAUUUAAAAUGCUUUACUGUUAAAUUAAGUGCGGAUCGUGUUAUGCUUGUAAAUAUAAUAAAAAUAAUAAUUGUGUUUACUAUUUAUCAAAAAAAGUUAAUCAGAAAAUUUGUAAACGUAGAUGUUAGUUGUAAAGUUGUAUUAAAAUGUUUUGUAUUUAAUUAUGGGUAUUUAAUCUAUCCGACCAACCGCUCUCUUGUGAUAAGCCCCAGUCGAUGUAACCUAGAUUUCCCUAGAUUUCUUUAUCUUCACGUACUGAAGCAUACUACUAACGUAUGGACAUUAUUCUGUUUAUGUAUUUGAUUGUAUGGUUUGAAAGUUUGUACAUAUUAUUUUAAGUGUCGAGGGAGUGAUAGGUUUUUGAAUCUCUUUGUCGCUAAUCAGAAUGUACUGAAAAAUAUAUUCUUAUUUCUUAUAGCGAUUAUCAUUUGUAUAAAUAACAAUGCAAUUCUGUUAUGUAAUAGUACCUCUUCGUUGUUCAUAACCGUACCUACAAAGUAAAUAGUGGACAUUAUUAUAUUAAUAUUUGAAUAAGAUCUGUGCCAUAGUGUGGUGGCAGUGUACGACUUUGCGUUCGCAUUGUGUCUAGUGUGUUAAGUUUAUGCCUGUAAACUACAAGUAGAUAAAAUGUUUAACUUAAGGAAAAUGACAGAGACAAAUUAAACGAAUUAUAUUCUUUUUAACGAGAGACGAAAAAAUUGUUUCGAAUACAUAUUUUUUUCUUUUUUUUUUUCUUCAAACUUUUGCCAGUAGCUCAAUUGAUUGUCUGCAAGUAAGUGAUAUGAUUUUUGUACAAUCAAUCAAGUUUCAGAAUGGGGAUACCGAUCCGUCGCUCACAAGUUGGCGCCACUGUCGAGUGAGGUCCUAUUACUCUUUCAUGUGUUCCCUGUUGCUUCGUUUAAAGUUCCCAGGGACCGCUUUCCUACUUUUUCUUCUCCAUGUCGCAAGUUUGUCGGCAUCACCAGCUUUCAGACGCUAUUCACCAUGUCUAUCAUUGAAAAAAAAUACCGCACACACGUGCUGUUUCAAAUUUGCCUUGGAAAUGAACCUCACUCGUCACCAGCGCUCCUAGCGGCGAAUUGAAUCGCGUCAGUCCCCAUUUAAGUGUGUCAUUGAGAUUCACAUCACCAAGCAACAUAAAGUCAAUACAUUCCUACAAUAUUCAUUCAUAGAAGACAGAUGUGACAUUCCAAACAACAUGUAAAAUACAAAAUAUGCGCUUAAAAUACAUAAUAAAUUUUGUUUAAUGGUGUGACACUGUCUAUUGUAUUACUGUGUCUAAUUAUUAUAAGUAUUCAGAUGCUGAACGAAAUCGUAUAAUGCUAAGAAAAUUACGAAAUUAAAUAUUUAACUCGCA